AGAGGGACGUGGCAAGACUAAGAUCAGAGUAUGUGAGUUCACUUUUCGUCCACACCCUUUCUUCCUUCUUCUCUUUCCAUUCCAAGUUUCCAACUGUGAAGAGUACUCAAAAUAAGUCAUCUCUGCAGAUAGAUUGAAAGAAAGAGAGAGAAAGAAUGGCGGGAAGGCUUCCAGCACAAGUAGCCACACCACCGGAACUCCUUCACCACCACCGCUGUCAAACAGGGUGCCCUAGUUUGUUGUCUUGGAAAACCAGUCUAACUCUACAGAAUUUCCGCAUUUCUUCCUCUUCUUCUCUCUCCUCUCUUUCCGGAAGAUCUUAUGCGCCGCCCUUAAUAAAGUGCACCACCCAGACAGCUGCAUCGACUAAUUUUGCUCCAGGUACACCCGUCAGGCCAACAAGUAUAUUGGUUGUUGGUGCUACUGGGACUCUAGGAAGGCAGAUUGUAAGGCGGGCACUGGAUGAAGGCUAUGAUGUACGCUGCCUUGUGAGACCUCGACCAGCUCCUGCUGAUUUCCUUCGUGACUGGGGUGCCAUUGUUGUUAAUGCAGACCUGAGCAAACCAGAGACAAUACCAGCAACACUGGUCGGGGUUCACACGAUUAUCGAUUGUGCCACUGGACGCCCUGAAGAGCCAAUAAAAACAGUAGAUUGGGAAGGCAAAGUUGCACUCAUACAAUGUGCAAAAGCAAUGGGAAUCCAAAAGUUUGUGUUCUUUUCUAUUCACAACUGUGACAAGCAUCCAGAAGUACCAUUGAUGGAGAUCAAGUAUUGCACCGAGAAAUUUCUUCAAGAUUCCGGAUUGAACCAUAUUACAAUAAGAUUAUGUGGUUUCAUGCAGGGUCUUAUUGGGCAGUAUGCUGUGCCAAUAUUGGAAGAGAAGUCUGUCUGGGGAACAGAUGCCCCGACAAGGAUAGCUUAUAUGGACACUCAGGAUAUAGCUAGACUAACUUUCAUAGCCUUGCGGAACGAGAAUCUUAAAGGGAAGCUUCUCACGUUUGCUGGACCUCGUGCAUGGACAACACAAGAGGUGAUAACACUAUGCGAGAGGCUAGCAGGACAAGAUGCCAAUGUGACAACAGUUCCUGUAUCCGUCUUGAAAACAACUCGCCAGCUGACUCGGUUUUUUCAGUGGACAAGUGACGUUGCCGAUAGAUUGGCCUUUUCAGAGGUACUGUCGAGCGAUAUGGUGUUCUCAGCUCCAAUGCAGGAGACCUAUCAACUUCUUGGUGUUGAACAGAAAGACAUGGUUACUCUGGAAAAAUAUUUGCAAGAUUACUUCUCCAACAUUUUGAAGAAAUUGAAAGUCCUCAAAGCACAAUCGAAGCAAUCUGAUAUCUUUUUCUGAAGCAUUCAUAAUAUGGCCGGACUCAAUCUUCGCUACUCGUUUUGUUGUACAGCAGAGACAUCCCAUUCUUAAUUAAUGGAAUCUAAAUUCUUUGAAUUUCACCCCUCUUUUUUCAUACAUUUUGUACCUAUACAAACAGUUCUAAUUGUAAUUACAAUUUACAAUACAUAGCAUAAGUUUCUCCUGAA